CCUCGCAUUUGUCCUGGAGCUUUCUGGCUGUUGUGUCUUCUCCCGGACUGUGCUGGGUGAGAAAGGAGAACGUCCCAGGUUGUGGGAAUCUUUGAUUUCACUGCCUGCUUUACCGAGGACUGAUCUGGAUCCAAAGGACUGUGCAGAUCCUCGCAGUUACCAUGCAAAGCGUGAAGUGUCCGGAUGGGAAAUUCUCUAUAGUGUGUUGAUAAAAAUUUGACCUGCAGUGAGAGAUUUAUUGGAAGAAAACCCACGACUGAAGAUGAGGGAACAGCAACAUGUGAACCAGCCCGAGGAUUGAGAGCAUCAACUGGAGAGGACCCAUCUGACUCGGAGAUUCCAGUGAUUCAGUCAGGAGAAAGUUGUGUUAAAAACAAGAAGGAAUUUGUCUUCAGGAAGUUCAAACAUGGCACACCAGUUUGGUUGUUUCUGUCCAGAUAUUUAAGAAGUGGAGCAAGGGAUUCACUCGAUCAUCCUUCCUGCUCAGACUGUGGGAAGGGAUUCACUCGAUCAUCCUUCCCAUUCAGACUGUGGGGAGGGAUUCAAUCGAUCAUCCUUCCUGCUCAGACUGUGGGGAGGGAUUCACUCGGUCAUUUUACCAACUGGCAACCCAUCAUUUUACACAGGAGAAAGUCUGUUCACCUGCUCAAACAGUGGGAAUGGAUUCACUCAGUUAUCACAAUUGAAUGUACAUCAGCACAUUCACACUGGGCAAGGCCAUUCACCUGUUCUGUGUGUGAGAAGGGAUUCAGUCAGUCUUCCCACCUGUGGACACACCAGUCAGUUCACACCACACUGGGCAGAGGCUGGUGAUCUGCUGAAUAUCUGGGAAAGGAUUCACUCAGUCAUCUGACCUAAUGGCACACCAGCGUGUUCACACUGGGGAGAGGCUUUUCACCUGCUCAGAGUGUGGAAAGGGAUUCACUCGGUCAUCUACCUUACUGGUACAUCAGCGAGUUCACACUGGGGAGAAGCCGUACACCUGCUCAGUCUGUGGGAAGAGAUUCACUGAGUCAUCCACCUUACAGAGUCAUCAGCGAGUUCAUACUGGGGAGAAGCCGUUCACCUGCUCAGAAUGUGGGAAGGGAUUCAGACAGGUAUCCCAUCUACUGAGUCAUCAGCGAGUUCACACUGGGGAGAAGCCAUUCACCUGCUCAGAAUGUGGGAAGAGAUUCGCUCACUCAUCCAACCUACUUAGUCAUCAGCGAGUUCACACUGGAGAGAGGCCAUUCACCUGCUCAGAGUGUGGGAAGGGAUUCACUCGGUCAUCUCAACUGCUGACACACCAGCAAGUUCACACUGGGGAGUGGCCUUACACCUGCUCAGAAUGUGGGAAAGGAUUCACUGAGUCAUACACCCUACUGGUACAUCAGCGAGUUCACACUGGGGAGAAGCCGUUCACCUGCUCAGAAUGUGGGAAGAGAUUCACUCAGUCAUCCAAUCUACAGAGACAUCAUCGAGUUCAUAUUGGAAAGAAGCCGUUCACCUGCUCAGAAUGUGGGAAGAGAUUCGCUCACUCAUCCAACCUACAGAGUCAUCAGCGAGUUCACACUGGGGAGAAGCCGUUCACUUGCGCAAACUGUGGGAAGAGAUUCACUCGGUUAGCUAACCUACAGAGACAUCAGCAAGUUCACACUGGGGAGAAGCCAUUCACCUGCUCGGUCUGUGGGAAAGGAUUCACUCAGUCAUCCCAAAUACUGGAACACAAGUCAGUUCAUAGUGGGGAGUGGCCAUUGUUAUGAAUCCCUA